GGGAAACCUAGCUGCGCCGCGAGCCCGCGGCCUCUCAGCUCCCCUCGUCAUGGCGCUGAGACGGCGACCAGCGGUCCGGCUCUGCGCCCGGCUGCCCGACUUCUUCCUACUACUGCUUUUCAGGGGUUGCUUGAUUGGGGCGGUGAAUCUCAAGUCCAACAACCAAACCCCAGUGGUACAGGAAUUUGAAAGUGUGGAACUAUCUUGUAUCAUUACGGAUUCACAGACAAGUGACCCCAGGAUCGAAUGGAAGAAAAUUCAAGACCAAACCACAUACGUGUUUUUUGGCAACAGAAUUCAGGGAGAUUUGGCAGGUCGUGCAGAACUAUUGGGGAAAACCUCUCUAAGGAUCUGGAAUGCGACCCGGAAAGACUCAGCCCUCUACCGCUGUGAGGUGGUUGCUCUAAACGACCACAAAGAAAUUGAUGAGAUUGACAUUGAGUUAACUGUGCAAGUGAAGCCGGUACCUCCUGUGUGCAGGGUCCCAAAGGCUGUGCCUGUGGGCAAGUCGGCCACGCUGCACUGCCAGGAGAGCGAGGGCUACCCCCGGCCGCACUACAGCUGGUAUCGCAACAACAUGCCGCUGCCCAGGGACUCCAGAGCCAAUCCCAGAUUCCGAAAUUCCUCUUUUCUCCUAAACUCUGAAACAGGCACUCUGGUUUUCAAUGCUGUCCACAAGGAGGACUCCGGGCAGUAUUACUGCAUCGCUUCCAAUGAUGCAGGCUCAGCCGUGUGCGAGGAGCAGGAGAUGGAAGUCUAUGACGUGAACAUUGGUGGCAUUAUUGGGGGGAUCGUGGUGGUCCUUGCUGUGCUGGUCCUGAUCACAGUGGGCAUCUGCUGCGCGUACGGACGGGACUGCUUCAUCAGUAAUAAACAGAACCGCGAAAGUUACAAGAGUCCGGGGAAGUCAGAUAGCGUGAACUAUAUCAGGACAGAUGAGGAGGGCGACUUUAGACACAAGUCAUCAUUUGUGAUCUGAAAUCGGACGGUGUGGCUGAGGGAGCACAUGCAAAUACCUCUACCAGAAACUCCUAUCAAGAGCAGCCCGGGAGCCAAGUGCACUUGGACAGAGCUAGACACUGCGCAGAAGCUUUUUGUUUUGGCCAAAGUUGACCGCUACUCCUUUCUUACUUCUUAACAAGCCACAUGAAUAAAAGAAUUUUCCUCGAGAUGGGCAUAGUCAUCACAAGGGAAAACGAACAAACUGCAUUUCACUGAGGCUGAUUCCCAGUCUGUUUCUAACCUGGCUUCUGCCUGAGCGUUAGGGUGAUUGGAAAGCUCUUGCUCACAGAGGCGGGGCAGGGCGCUGUGGGCCCGUGAAGCCAGUUUAUUUGCCACCCAUCUACAUCAGGGUGGGUGAGUCCCAUGUGUGGGGCCACCAGGCAGCCACGUAGCACCCCCAAUGCAGGGCUUGGGAGCACGACCCACCGUGACACCUGCAGCUGCAGUGUGAACCAGUGAAUCCAGAAAAGAGGCGUUUUUUGCGGUGAUCUUGUCUCACAGCCGCCCACAGCCAGCACUGCAGAUUCUUCUUGAAGGUUUUGUUGAUCAGUAUUUUAGUGUCCAUCUUGGAAAAUCUGUUUGGAUCAGAAUUUUAUAAAAACAGCCCAAAUCAGGAAGGCAAAUUGCUUGUUGGAAGAAGGGAUCUUCUUACCGGUAGGAACCCUGCUCGUCCAUUGGGGGGGGGGGCUGUUAGUAUUUGUAAAACCUUCAUCUUAGGCGAAAUCUGAAAUGGUACUGAAAUAAUGUUCUGCUUUUCUAUGGGUGUUUAUUUUUUAAAAUUUUACAUUCUAAAUUUUUGCUAAAGAUGUAUUUUGGUUAUUGAAAAGAAAAUUUCUAUUUAAACUGUAAAUAUGUUGUCAUACAGUGUUAAAUACCUAUUUUUUAAAAAAAUUUCAGCUUAAUGGUAGGAGUUCCAAGCUACUAGUGUUAAAUUGGAAAAUACCAAUAAUUAAAGAGUACUUUAACCCAAAAAAAUCCUUUUGAGGAAGCUUACUGGAACAUUCCUUUUUCCCACAAAAGUUUCAUCAUUUUUCACAAGAGAACUUAUAUAGUAUAUCAUGAUAGACCUCUUUGUUACUUAGGAAACCUUUAAAAAAAUUCCAGUUAAAUAAUGUCGAAAUCUGUUUGCAUCUCUCCAAAAGAAGCGUAAGGAGCUUUGAGGUUAGCUUUGAGUGGCCUCAUCCUAGAUUACUCAGACUACCUAUGCCUAGAGACUGCCCAGAAGUGCUUGGAUGUACCUGUGAAACCACAUUAGCCAGUCCCCGGGCUUGAGUCCUGCGCCCAACUCUAAGUCGAUAUUGGCCACUAACUUUGAAGGCUAGCCAGUGUGUGCACUGCCAUCUUUAUUGGCCUGACCGUGGUUUUGUGUGCUGAUUAGCUUUAUAGAGUUGGACAGUUGUAAGCUGGACACUUCAAGAAGGGUGGGUGUCUUCCCUGUGGUAUCCUAGCCUUUGGGUCCCCUGUGACAGAGCUCUUUUUGGUUAUGGAUGGCUCACGAAACAAAGCAGCUACUGCUGUUUGUUUUAAAAUUCAUUUUACGGGGCGCCUGGGUGGCACAACGGUUAAGCGUCUGCCUUCAACUCAGGGCGUGAUCCCGGCGUUGUGGGGUCGAGCCCCGCAUAAGGCUCCUCUGCUGUGAG